AUGGUAGCUUUGCUUAAUGAAGCAAUACAUUUAUAUUUUUAUGAUUAAGCAAAAUACUAAAACACCUUAAGCGAAUUACUAAGGGACAGUCUCUCAAUUUGACUUUAACAUUUCAUGACUAAAUGGUUUAAACCUUUGUUAGCAUGAUACAUUAGACGUAUGUGUCCUUUUGUUUAUAGCAUUUACAACAAGCUAACACAUUUUAGACCUUUAAAUCAACAACAGUUAUUUUAGCGACUCACAAAGCAAGUAGGUCAACAUAUUUCUCAGUCAUUUUAUUUUCGUAUAAGACGAUAUGCCAGUGCACUCGAGAGAAAAGAAAGAAAGUAUUCAUGAAGAAAUGGAGGUGGAUUUUGCAGAGCAAGAAGGGAGCAGUUCAGAAGAGGAGGAUACAGAGAGCUCAUCUGUGUCUGAGGAUGGAGAAAGUUCAGAAAUUGACGAUGAAGACUGCGAAAGGAGAAGAAUGGAGUGCAUUGACGAAAUGACCAAUCUGGAAAAACAGUUCACUGACCUCAAAGACCAUUUAUAUAAAGAGAGACUGAAUCAAGUUGAUGCAAAACUCCAAGAAGUGAUAUCGGGAAAGGCCCCGGAGUACUUGGAGCCUCUCGCAACUCUUCAGGAGAAUAUACAAAUUAGAACAAAAGUUGCAGGUAUCUACAGAGAGUUGUGCCUGGACUCUGUGAAGAAUAAAUAUGACUGUGAAACUCAAGCAGCUUUCCAGCACUGGGAGAGUGAGAAGCUGUUAUUAUUUGAUACAGUUCAAAGUGAAUUAGAGGAGAAGAUCAGACGUUUAGAGGAAGACCGUCAUAGUAUAGAUAUUACCUCAGAGCUCUGGAAUGAUGAGUUACAAUCAAGAAAAAACAAAAAGAAAGAUUCCUUCAGUUCAGACAAAAAGAAAAAGCCUGUGGCUGUGUCAGGCCCGUAUAUUGUUUACAUGCUGCAAGACCUGGAUAUACUGGAGGACUGGACUGCUAUCAGAAAGGCCAUGGCAACAUUAGGACCUCACAGAGUAAAGACUGAUGUCUCCUUUUCAAAGAGUGACAAACAUCAGCACAAUGCCCACUCAGAAGAUGGACGUGUGUUUUACGAUGGGGAAUGGUACACCUGCGGGCAAGCCAUAUGUAUUGAAAAGAAAGAUGAGUGUCCAACGAGCGCUAUAAUAACUACAAUCAAUCACGAUGAAGUGUGGUUCAAACGAGUCGAUGGGAGCAAGUCAAAACUCUACAUCUCGCAACUUCAGAAAGGCAAAUACACUAUAAAAAACGCCUUAUCUUCAUGAGACCUUUUUAAGUGUGCCAGUUGGGAACGUCUAAAGGAAUAGUUCACCCAAAAAUUAUAAUUCUGUCUUCAAUUACUCACCCUCAUGUUGUUCCAAAUUCAUAUGACUUUCUUCUGUGGAACACGAAAAUGAGAUGUUAGGCAGAAUGUUACCCUUAUAUUUCUAUUUUCAACAUCUCCUUUUGUGUUCCACAGAAGAAAGGAUUAUGUGUUUGGAACAGCAAGAGGAUGGUAAAUUGAUGGAAUAAACAUUUUUAGGCAAACUAUGUCUUUAACAGUGUCUUUUGUGUGAACACUUUAUCAUGUUUACAUGCCUUUUUUGAUGUUUAAAAACAGAUCUGUUGGUGUAUUGUCUGUCUGUCUGUAUGAGGAAAACUGAGUUAAUGUUCUUUUUACUAUAAAUACUAUGUGCAUUUCCAGUUAAUGGACUUAACUUGCUGAAUUCAAGUUUUCCUACUUUUAAAACAAUUUCUUUCUUUUUUUUUUUAUUCACAUGUCUGCCUCAUCACAGUUACAAUACAAGUUACAUUUUGCAACAUUGCAGAUACCAUGUUAAGUGGCUUUCUUUGAGAGUAUAAUUAAAUGGUCUUAUUUUUGCAUCAUUUUAUAAUGAAAUACUGAUGUGCAAUGCAUUUUAGGAGUAUAAGAAGUAAACAUGACACUCACAACUUCCUAAAGUCUUAAAGGUGUGAUCUUGCUGCUCUAUUUACAGUCUGAACAAACCAUACAUGUGGUAAAUAAUUUAUAUUCAUUAUAGUGUGCAUUUCAGUUCUGGUAAAAGUCAUUGGUUCAGUGUUCUUAUCAUUUGUAGUUACAGCACCACCCUCUGUUGAACUGUGCCCAUUGUUUUUAUUUUUCAGGAUUUUCCAAAUUUUUAAUAAUA